AUGGUACCGCUGGUGCGGAGCGCCGGGGGCUCCCACCAGUGGCUGGCGAUCGUCUUCCUCGGCCUCUGCUGGCUCCUGGCACCCGGGAGACUUGCCGCUCCGGGUGGAGAUUUCCCCGGGGCCACCGUGGACAAUCUGGUGGUCAGGAAGGGGGACACGGCGGUGCUUAGGUGUUACUUGGAAGAUGGAGCUUCAAAAGGUGCCUGGCUGAAUCGGUCGAGUAUUAUUUUUGCUGGAAGUGAUAAGUGGUCAGUAGAUCCUCGAGUUUCAAUCGCAACAGCAAAUAGAAGAGAAUAUAGCCUGCAGAUACAGGACGUAGACGUGACAGAUGACGGUCCAUACACUUGUUCUGUGCAAACUCAACACACUCCUAGAACGAUGCAGGUGCACUUAACUGUACAAGUUUCUCCGAAGAUAUUUCGUAUUUCGAGUGACAUCGUUGUGAAUGAAGGAAGCAAUGUUACUCUGGUGUGCCUGGCCACAGGGAAGCCAGAGCCUUCCAUUUCUUGGAGACACAUCUCUCCGUCUGCAAAACCCUUUGAGAGCGGACAGUACCUGGACAUCUACGGAAUUACAAGAGACCAGGCUGGGGAAUAUGAAUGCAGUGCAGAAAACGAUGUCUCAGUCCCAGACGUGAAAAAAGUAAAAGUCACAGUAAACUUUGCCCCCACAAUUCAGGAACUUAAAUCCAGCGGUGUGAUGCUUGGAGGGAACGGACUGAUACGGUGCGAAGGUGCAGGCGUUCCUGCCCCGGUCUUUGAGUGGUACAAAGGAGAGAGGAAACUGAUCAAUGGUCAACAAGGAAUUACUAUUAAAAAUUAUAGUACAAGAUCACUUCUUACUGUUACCAAUGUGACAGAAGAGCAUUUUGGCAACUAUACAUGUGUCGCUGCCAACAAGCUAGGGACGACCAAUGCCAGCCUGCCUCUCAACCCUCCCAGUACAGCCCAGUAUGGGAUCACCGGUGACGCUGAAGUCCUCUUCUCCUGCUGGUACCUUGUGUUGACACUGUCCUCCCUCACCAGCAUAUUCUACCUGAAGAACAUCAUUCUGCACUAAAUGUAAAGACCCAUAAAAGGCUUUUAAGGAUUCUCUGAAAGUGCUGAUGACUGGAUCCAAUCUGGUAGAGUUUGUUAAAAGCAGCGUGGGAUAUAAUCAGCAGUGCUUACAUGGGGAUGAUCGCCUUCUGUAGAAUUGCUCAUUAUGUAAAUACUUUAAUUCUACUCCUUUUUUGAUUAGCUGCAUUACCUUGUGAAGCAGUACACAUUGUCCUUUUUUUAAGACGUGAAAGCUCUGAAAUUACUUUUAGAGGAUAUUAAUUGUGAUUUCAUGUUUGUAAUCUACAAGUUUUCAAAAGCAUUCAGUCAUGGUCUGCUGAGUUGCAGACCGUAGUUUACAAAAAAAAAAUAUUGCAGUAAAAAUGUGCUUCUUUAAGGCUGCAAUACAAAUAUUCAGUUCCCUUCAUAAAUAGCAUUCUAUCCACAUUUACACAGAAACAUUUUUCUUUUUUGAUAAAAAAAAAUCAAAUAAUAUUGCCUUCAAAGUAUUUCUUCAAAAUAUUACACAUAUCUAGAUUUUCUUCUAGCAUGAUAUUCAGGUUUCAAGAAUGAGCCUUGUAUUAUAACUGCAUUGUGCAGUACUGCUUUCUGUUUUCUUUCCUUUUUCCUGCAAAUUCAGCAUGGGUGUGCCUUCAUAAAACACUACUUUCCUCUUCCUCUCCAACAAAUCUGGAAUGUGUUUUGGGAAAUGCUAAGGCAUCCUUUUGAGCAUAAGGAGUCUCUAGUUGAGGACAAAGGUGCUAUUGGCUAAAAGGAAAACCUCCUCUCCCAUCUCCAGGGGGUCAUCGACCUGCUGCAGACUUAGGUUUUUAGGCAAUUAGUCAAGGAUAGCACCAA